CAAACGGAUUACAUCAGGUUCAUAGUUCGAGAAGUAUAUAUAGAAGAUCACCACAGUCAGAGAGAUUCGUGUUACUUUAGUCGUUGUGUAAAGUGUGUGUUUGUAGUACUUGGGAUCGGUUUUGUUGGAGAUUUGUGUUGUAGUUAAUUUUUAUAUUCUUUGUUUAUUUUUGAAACAAAAAAAAACUAAAAAGCCAAUAUGAAGUACGUUAUUGCCAUCGUUCUCUUCGUCAGUGUAGCGCAAGCCAUCCCAAUUGAAUUGGGUCAUUAUGGUGCUCCAGCGCUACUCUCACAUGGUCCUGUCCUUGCGCAUGCUGUUCAUGCUGUUGCUCCUGAACCUGUGGCCUAUCCCAAGUACUCCUUCAACUAUGGAAUCAAGGAUCCCCAUACUGGUGACAUCAAAUCUCAAGCCGAAGAACGUGAUGGUGAUGUUGUAAAGGGUCAAUACUCUCUCGUCGAACCCGAUGGUUCAGUGCGUACAGUUGACUACACUGCCGACGAUCACAACGGUUUCAAUGCCAUCGUUCACAAAUCUGCCCCAACGAAGGUUGCCGUGCCAGUUAUUGCCCAUGCCCCAAUUCUGUCACAUGCCCCAGCUGGUUUAUUGCAUCAUUACCGUUAAGGAGUCACUUAGUCACUAAUGACCUCCCCAAAAUACUGAUGUGAAACAUUGCUUACUUUAUGUGUGAGAAUGAUAUUAAGCAGCGGCCACAAAACAAAACAACAACAACAAAAAAAAAAAAAACUCUCAUUCACUUAACCGUUCAUCAUCGAUCAUUGUAGAUUAUUUUAUUUUAUUUCUUUUGUUUGUUUACUUUAUUGCGAUAAUUUUAAUUAAUUAUUAUAUUCUUCUUCUCGUUCGUGUGUAAUAGUGAUGUAAGUAAUAUUUUAUUUUCUAUAUAAUCACUUUCUAUAUGUGUUUAUUCUCUUGUGUCUUAGCAUGACUUUUUGUAAUCGUAAGUGAUGUAUAUAAAAGAAAAUAUCAAAAGAGAGUUAUUACGAUCUUUUUACUCUCUUUCACUUUCUUCUAUGAAUUUCAUAACAUAUUUUGUUUAUGAGCGCGCGCGAUUUCUAUUUACCACUUUUGUUUAUAGUUCUUCUUCGUCUCUUCUUCUUCUUGUAUAUUGUGUCUUUUUUCAUCUCAAAGUUGUGUAAUAUUUAUGUCACUUUGACAUCUUAUUGCGAAAUGAUCAAAAAAGAAAAUUGGAAAAAUGUAGUAGUAGCUAAUUACAAACAAUGCAGUAUUAAUGUUUUUCCUAUUUUCUUUUUUGCAUCAUUUUCCUCCAUUUGCCAUCUCUCACAGCAGACUUGCAUCACCACCGAUUUAACAAAAAAAAUGAUGAAAAAUGAAACUUUUCGCAUAAUCUGACAGCUGUCAGUUGUAAUUAUUGCAAAUAUACUUAACUUUUCAUUUCUACUUCUUCUACUACAACUGAGUGCCUUAGCACAGCCAGUCAUAUAUAAUUUUAUUCUAUUCCAUUUGCGACGGGGCUAAGAUGUAGAAAACUUGUGAUAGUUUUUUUUCUUCUUCUGGAUUUUUUUUUUUGUUUAAAUGAAUUCCAAUCUUUUGCGCAAUUGUGCCGGACAUUGUGCAUUAUUAAGAAAAAAAUUGCUAAGAGAUUUUAUUUCAUCAUC